AUGGCAAAAUCAAUACAAGGCGUCUUCUCAUGGGAAGAUGUCCUUGCGCAACGAUACCUAAACAACCACCCCAAACACCAACCAAACCACAUCCACAUCCAACAACAAAACCACGAAACUUUGGACCAAACAAACUACUACCCCUUCCAACCACACUCCCCGCUCCUCGCAAAACUCUCCCCCGAGCUCCGCCUGUUGAUAUGGGAGUACGUCCUCGGCGGGAAAUGCAUACAUAUUGUCCAAUGGGCGAAUCGAAGGAUGGGAUACGUUAUAUGUCCUGAUCCCGAUCCUGGGGAUAAGGAUAAGAAGAUGUGCGAUGUAUGUCAGACGGGACUACCAUCGCGGCGGGCGUGCGCGAAACGAGGGACCGAGACAGAGACAAGGGGGUUGUUGGGUGUUAUGCUUGUUUGCAGACAAAUCUAUACAGAAGCAGCACACAUCCUCUACACAAACAACACCUUCUCAAUCCCCUCUACCUGGUCCCUACCCUACCUCCUCUCCCCCUCACCCUCCUUAUCCUCACCCUCUUCACCCUUUACCGCCUCAUCAAACCCACUGCAAAACAUCCGCACCCUAACUCUCCACUACGCCUUCCCCGGCCACUGGCUCCCCAGCAAAGACCCCGUCAAGCAAAUAUACUUCACCUCCGGCCGCGCACAAUGGACACAGACCUGUGCCGCCGUAUGUUCCCUAACAUCUCUGGAAAGAUUCACGCUGGUUCUGGACGGAGGCUGGUUUGCAGAGUCAGUUGCGAAGGUAUCCGUGUUUCUGGAGCCGUUGCGGGAUGUCACUAUCUGUAACCGGGGCGCGAAGAGGGGAAUAGGAGAGGAGGGUGGGAGGGAAGGGGAUUGGGAAGUGAUACUACCUAAACAGCCGUAUUACGUGAAUGAGGUGGGGAGAUUGAACGCUGAGGUUCGGGAGAAGGGGUUGAGGUGUGUCGUUAGGGUUUAA